CCAUUGGGCAGCCGGCUGGGAGGUGCCGCUUGUCUCCUCCCCGGAGCGGAGGGGGUGGGAGCGCCGCGCAUUGGGGGAGGUGCCCCGGGGCCCGUGUCAGUCACACGGCCGAGCAGCAGCGACGCGGGAGGGGCACGGAGAAAACCCCAGAGACUGUCUGAAUCUGUCCAGGACUCAGGAGCAAUGUCUCAACAGUUCCUUUAUCGGGCACUGGUGUCGGCUAAGUGGCUCUCAGAAACCAUCAAGUCCCCUCAGGCUGGGCAGGCUGUGAAGAUCCUGGAUGCAUCCUGGUACCUCCCGAAGAUGAAGCGUGACCCCCGGCAGGAGUUUGAGGAGCGCCAUAUCCCUGGUGCUGCUUUCUUUGACAUCGACCUAUGCAGCGACCGCACGUCACCAUAUGACCACAUGCUGCCCAGUGCGGAUGACUUUGCGGAGUAUGUGGGCAAGCUGGGUGUGGGGAACGACUCCCAUGUGGUUGUGUAUGAUGCCAGUGAUCAGGGUCUCUUCUCUGCUCCCCGUGUCUGGUGGAUGUUCCGGGCCUUUGGGCACCAUGCCGUCUCCCUUCUGGAUGGUGGGCUGAAGAACUGGCAGCGGGAGGGGUACCCACUGACUUCUGGCAAGAACCGAGCAGUUCCUGUGGAGUUCCAUGCCUCCCUGGACAAGUCACUAGUGAAGACCCAUGAGGACAUAGAGGAGAACAUAGAGUCACAUCACUUUCAGCUGGUUGAUGCUCGCCCUUCAGGGCGGUUCAGAGGGACGGAGGCAGAGCCCAGGGAAGGAAUUGAGCCUGGUCAUAUCCCUGGCUCCCUGAACAUCCCCUUCUUGGAUUUCCUCACAGAAGUUGGCUUUGAGAAGACCCCUGAGGCAAUCUGCAGCUUAUUCCAGGAGAAGAAAGUGGACCUCUCAAAGCCAGUGGUAGCCACAUGUGGCUCAGGAGUCACUGCCUGCCAUGUGGCCCUGGGGGCAUACCUCUGUGGCAAGCCAGAUGUGGCUGUCUACGAUGGUGCCUGGGUGGAGUGGUACAUGCGGGCGCGGCCUGGAGAGGUCAUCUCUGAGGGUAGAGGCAAGACCCUCUGAAGCAACGCUUCUGCCCCUGCAGUGCAGACAAAUUGCCUUGGAACAGGCUUUGGGAGUUGGUCUUAGCCUUUCCUGUUUUCAAAUCAUAGUGGUCUUGGGUGACAAAUCUAAACAUACAUGGUUCUAGCCCCUUCCCCACCCCUCAUUUUUCUGGGCAUGGAAGAUGCCUUUUUACAGCAUCUUACUGGGUUGGGGGAAAGCACUUGUCAUGGAAUGGUAGAAUAACUGAGUCAGGCUGGACUCAUCAGCUGGGAUGAGCUCUCCUGACUGGACACUUAACAAGGAAGAUGAGUGGAGGAGCAGUUUAGGUUUCUCCUCAUAUUUGGACUCUGAUUUGUUCUCAGCCAGUUUUGCAUCCACCAUUGUUCCUGGGGAACUUGAAAUCAUGUUUCUUUCUUCCUUUCUUUUUUUUUAAAGUAUCUAAUUCAAAGGUUACAUAAUAAAAACAUUUAAUGAGUUUAAA